CAGUAAGCUAAACUGGCAGACAGAAGGAAAUUUAUCUACCAGAGGUUUUAAAAAACUUUUAGUUACAGCAAAUGAAAAAUGCGUCUCUUAUUUUUGAGGCAGUAUUCUUUGUGUAAAUAAUACAUUAUGAAUGCCUUCAGGAUUAUUAUUUUCAGUUUUGUCAUGGGACAGCUUGGCGUUCACAGAAUUUUCCUUCUAAUCAUUUCCUUGAUAAAGACCUCGGAGAGUACAAAACUUCUGGCAGAGUUUAAAAAGUGCGGCGAUAUGGAAUGUGAAACUUUACUAAGCAGAGCAGUAGCCAUAAGAAAUUAUGAAGGACCAGACUGCCAAUACUUGAAUUUCAAAAUGGGAGAAGAGAUAUCUGUUUAUGCCAAACUUUCAGGAGAAAGAGAAGAUUUAUGGGCAGGAAGUAAAGGAAAAGAUUUUGGAUAUUUUCCUAAAGAUGCCAUCCAAAUUGAGGAGGUAUUCAUCUCUGAAGAAGUUCAAGUGCCAACUAAAGAAUCUGACUUCAUUUGUCUUCAUGAAAUGAACUAUGUGUUUGAAAAUGAAGAGAACAUAUUAUACAGCGAUAAUGAAGAAAUUGAUCAUUUAGACGUAGAAGAAAACCAAGAAUCUAAUAUAGAUGAAAGUGAAUUUCAGAGAACACUUGAAAUUUACUUAACUCCUGAAAAUAUUGAGAUAAAUAACCAGUUUCCAACUACAGAAGCCCCAGAAAAUAUCAGAGGUACAGAUAAAUCAGAAGUCUGGGGAAAAGUAGAACCUGAGAGUUUAACAGAGAGAGAUAUUAAUCAAGAAUCUCCAAGUCAUGUUGCCAAAGUGGAUCCUCCAUCAUCUUCUUGGGUUGCAAGAUGGUUUGGUCUGGAAAGUGAAGAAGUUGAAGAAGAGACUUUUAAAUUAGAUCCUGAACUCCAAGAGAAAAACUCAUUUCUCAGUAGAAAAAUAACUGUAAGUGAUGAGAAUGAAUUAAAGGAGUUAAACAUUGAGCAUUCUUUACAAAAGUAUGAGUCAGAACCUACGUCAGAAUUUGAGCCUUGUCCACCAGAACAGCCCACGCCAGAAUCUGAGCUUGAAGAAGUACCUGAUCAUCAGACAUCUGCUUGGUUUGAUGAUGACUUUACAAGAUAUUUUGGUUUUGACCAAGGGGAUGCAAGAUUUAAGUUACCAUCCAGAGAAAAUACUUCACUUCUACAAGACAUUCCCGUUCCAUCUGAUCAAGAACCUAUAGUUGCACAUACAGAAAAACUACCAGCAGUAGAGGAGCCCAAGACAAGUGAUAACCCAGCUUUUCAGUCAAGUUGGUUUGAUUUGGGUUUUGGUAAUAUACUUUACUUUGCAUAUGCUGAAGAAGAGCAAGUGAAAACAGAUAAACAACUAAGAGAAGGCAGCAGUGGAGGAAAUGAGGAUGAACAUUUUUCAUCAAGUGAUUUUGAUCUUGAUAAUAAUGAGGAAAGAGAAAUAGAAGAAACUUGGGAAAUUAAAGAUUACAAAGACAAGAAAAGGGUCUUGCAGGAGUCAAGAGAUUCUGAUACUUUACCUUAUUUGGAUAAUGCUGAUAAUCCUUGGAAUUCUCACAAUAUUCCCAAGAAAAUCAAGCCAUCAUUUCCCCAAAACUUUUGGGAUCAAGAUAAACCACUUGUAACUGAUAAAACUGAAGAAUUAUCAGAUGAAAAUCAAAUCAUAGAAAAUAUGGAGGUUAGGUCGAAAAAUGAAAACAGUCAGUCAGACUCUAAAAUGAAAUAUAAAGAGGAAUCCCAGUGGCAACAAGAAGAAAAAUCUGCAUCUUCCACUUUUGAGAGAAACAGUGCUAAAGCAGAUGUGCAUGAGUCUCAGAUACCUGAAUAUUCACCUCAAACUGAACCUUAUGAUUUCCAUAUUUCUGCAAAAAAGGUUGUAGCAGCAUUGCCUGAAGAUAUGCGACCAGGUACUGAUCUAUAUGGAUUUCCCUGGGAAAUGGUGUUAUGUGCAGUUACAGUGGGCUUUUUUACAGUUAUUCUCUUUUUGUGCAGAGGUUUUUACUCGGUUAAAAGCCGACUUUAUUUAGGAAGGGAAAAACAACUUGCCAAAAAAGUUUCUGAACUAGUAGAAGAAAAAUGUAAGAUUCUUAAAAAACUUAGCCUUUGUAAAAAAGAGUAUGAAUAUUUAGAAUCAUCUUUAAAGGAUGGAAUCUUUGAAAAAGAGUCAUCAGAAACAUCCAGUCUGGAGUUGUUUGAUGGAUCACAAAUUUUAGAGACUGCAUAUGAGAAACUAAACAAGGCAAAUUCUGUUCUUACGGAUGACAUACAUUCUCUGGAAACAGAUCUGAAAGAGGAGAAAUCUAAACGAUCAGAACAGGAUGAGUUGAUGACUGACAUUAAAAGACGGAUACAAUCCCUUGAAGAUGAAUCAAAAUCUAUCAAAUCACAAGUGGCUGAAGCCAAAACAACCUUAAAAGUGUUUCAGAUGAAUGAAGAACGACUUAAAACAUCAAUAGAAGAUGCAUUGGAAGAAAAUGCCCAUCUUCAGGAAAGCCAAAAACAGCUUUUACAAGAAGCUAAAGGAUGGAAUGAACGAUUGAGUGAACUUAAUGAACAGAAAAACAUGCUAGAAACUUCUAAAGCAAAUAUGGAGCAAGUUAUAACUAAUAAAGAAGGUCAGAUCAAGUCUCUGACAGAAUGCUUGCUGAAGAUGAAAGAUUGGGCUGCUGCGCUGGGGGAAGAUGUCUUUGAUAAUCAUUGUGAAGCUGAAAUAAAUAGCGAUUCAGCAAUUGGAGAACAUUUAGAUGAUCAUCAAAAGAAGACUGUGAAAAAACUGAUUUAUGCUGCUAAGUUGAAUGCUUGUUUAAAAACCGUGGAAGCAGAAAGGAACCAUAUAUAUUCCCAGUUGGCUGAUGAAGAUAAAAUAAAAGAUGAGCUGAAAGGUCAAAUUGAAGUUCUUCAAACUGAGCAAAUAUCUUUGAAGUCUGAAAAUGUGUAUUUUGAAAGUGAAGUACAAAAGCUGCAACAAAAACUUAAAGUAAUGACUGAAUUGUAUCAAGAAAAUGAAAUGAAACUUCAUAGGAAGUUGACUGUUGAAGAAAAAGACCGCUUGCAGAAAGAGGAGAAACUUUCUAAAGCAGGAGAGAAGAUUAGUCAUGCUUCUGAAGAGCUUAAUUCUUACAGAGAACGAGCCAAGGAUCUUGAAGAAGAAUUGGAAAGGACAAUUCGUUCUUAUGAAAGCCAGAUCACUGCUCAUGAGAAAAAAGCUCAUGAUAACUGGUUGACAGCCCGGGCUGCUGAAAGACAUCUCAGUGACUUAAAAAAAGAAAAUGCGCACAAUAGACAAAAAUUAACUGAAACAGAAUUUAAAUGUGACCUCUUAGAAAAAGAUCCUUAUGCCCUUGAUGUUCCAAAUAGAUCGUUUAACAGAGAGCAUUCCCCAUAUGGACCCUCACCAAUGGGUCGGCCUUCACCAGAAAUGAGAGCUUUUCUCUCCCCUCCAACUUUGUUGGAGGGUCCACUCAGACUUUCACCUUUGCUUCCAGGGGGAGGAGGAAGAGGUUCAAGAGGACCAGGGCAUCCUCUGGAUUAUCAGAAUGCCAAUGAGAGAGGAGAAUUAUCUGAUCCCCACAGAGCAUCUUCAGAUACUGGAUCCCUGUCACCUCCAUGGGAUAGAGAUCGUAGAAUGACUAUUCCUCAUUCAGAUGAGGUGGUAUCCUCAGAAAUGGAAUCCAACAGGAAUGAUACCAAAGAUGAUUUUGGCAAUUUAAAUAUGCCUGACCCAUCUCUCGCACCUCAAAGUGAAGUAGCUGGCCCUGGCUUUGUUCCACCACCUCUUCCUUUAGUCCGAGGUCCUCUGUUGCCAGUGGAUCCAAGAGGAUCAAAAAUGAGAAGAGGACCUCCCAUUACACCUCCUCCUCCUGGAAGUAUGUAUGGACCUCCUAGGGGCUACUUUCCAGCAAGGAAUUUCCCUGGUCCACCACAUCCUCAAUUAUCAAUGAGAAGUGUUUAUCCGCCCAGGUCCUUUCCUCAAUAUCUUCCCUCAAGAGAUGGAUUUUUCCCACCACCUCCACAUCCUGAAAGUAGAAAUGAGCAAUCUUCAGGGUUGAUUCAGCCUUCAAAUGAGCCUUCUGCUGAUCAUCGAGAACCACAGCAAGAAAUUUGACAGGGUUUUUUGUUUAACCAAAAGUAAUUUAUGAUGUAUUUUUUAAUCAUCUCAUUUUCAGUUUAAGUAACUGCUAUUACUUUACUGGUUUUAUUGUUGCUCAAAUUGAAGCUUGAUGGAAUAAUAAUUUUCAACAUACGGUUUUGUAAAUAAAGAUGAUUUAAGUUGAA